GGCCCGCCCGGCGCGGGGUCAGCUGACGCGGGAGCCGGGGCGGUGGCGGUUAGCGGCGGCGGUUAGCGGCGGCUGCGGCGGCGGUAACGGGAGCGGCGGCCUGGCGGGGCGGCAGGAGGGGGCUCGGCCCGAGGGAGGCGCUAUGGCGACCACUGUCACUACGCAGCGGGGCCCGGUGUACGUUGGUGAGCUUCCUCAAGAUUUUCUUCGUAUUACCCCAACUCAGCAGCAACAGCAAAUCCAGCUGGAUGCACAGGCAGCUCAACAGCUACAGUAUGGAGGGACAAUGGGUACAGUAGGCAGACUCAGCAUUACUGUAGUACAGGCAAAAUUGGCAAAGAACUAUGGAAUGACUCGCAUGGAUCCAUAUUGCCGAAUACGGCUGGGGUAUGCUGUGUAUGAAACUCCAACAGCGCAUAAUGGAGCCAAAAACCCUCGCUGGAACAAAGUUAUUCAGUGCACUGUUCCCCCGGGUGUGGAUUCUUUUUAUCUAGAGAUAUUUGAUGAGCGUGCCUUUUCAAUGGAUGAUCGCAUUGCUUGGACACACAUUACAAUUCCUGAGUCACUGAAACAAGGAAAUGUGGAGGAUGAAUGGUAUAGCCUGAGUGGAAGGCAGGGUGAUGAUAAGGAAGGAAUGAUUAAUCUGGUUAUGUCAUAUACGUCUUUGCCAGCUGCCAUGAUGAUGCAGCCUCAGCCAGUGGUUCUGAUGCCCACUGUAUAUCAGCAAGGAGUUGGAUAUGUGCCUAUAGCAGGGCUUGAGUACUUUGCUCUGGGAAUGCCUGCAGUUUGUAAUCCGGGCAUGGUACCUGUGGCAAUACCACCUCCUGCUGUCAACCCUCAGCAUCUAUGUAAUGAAGAGGACCUGAAAUCUAUCCAGGACAUGUUUCCCAACAUGGACAGGGAAGUAAUCCGCUCAGUGCUAGAAGCUCAGAGGGGGAACAAGGAUGCAGCUAUCAACUCCUUGCUUCAGAUGGCUGAAGAAUCAUAGAUGCCUAUUUUCUGCAUAGUCCCCGUCCUCAAUGCCACUUAUUUUUACUUGCCAAGCCAGGGAUUUAGCUAGAGGAAGAAUUUCCCAACAGUUUCCUGUUAGCACAUCUUGUGUGAAAGAUUAUAUCCCUUCUUCCUUGGACAUUUGGAUCUUUUUCACUGUUCUUUCUCAAUCUGUACAUACUCAGUUUAGCUUAUGUCCUACAGUAUCGCAUUGAAGCAUCUUUACUAUCAGCUGUGCCCUGUGUGGCUAUAUUCUGAUGGGCUGGAGAGCAAUGCUGCUUUUUUUUCCUUUCUCUCCCCCUUUCCAUAAACUUGUUCUUAAAAAGUAACUCUAUGCAGUACAAGAUUUACUACUGUUUGCCAGAUUGAAAACAAAUUAUUUUCCAUGGAGAGCUUGCUCUUUAAGCAGAACUGAUUCGUUGAAAUAUUUAGGUUUCAUCACGUAGCCUAUUUCUGCCAGAAAUUAAAAGAAAGACCCUUUUCUUGUCCUGUAGUGUUUAGUUAUUGCUGUGAUAUAGUCAACCAUUUCUGACUGAAAAUCUUAUAUUCAAUAAGCUAAAUUUCUUAGGCUGUGCUGUUGGUGUUUGUAAUGAGCAUCUUCUAUUCAAUCUCGGGCACCAAAGCAAUACUGUGGUGUGCAUUUGGGGCUUAAUCUUCCAGUACAGUAUUGUUAUGUAUCUGUAAAAUCUUCAAAGGUAACUUAUAAGUAAUACAGUAUGUACUGCUGUAGCAGAGAACAGAACUGAGCCCUGUUGUACUCCCGCAGGUAAUUGCACUCUUUACUACUACUUCUGCGUUCCCACAGCUGUAUCAGAGGAUAAGUGCAGAAGGAAAGAUUUUUGUACCUGAAAAAUUACUGAAGCCAUAAACAAUUUUUUAAGAUUCUGUCUUGCAUUAAAAAGCAGAAAUCUGUGAUCUGGUUAUAAGGCUUCUUUCUUUGCACCUAUAUUUCAGCAAAGUUACCAUUUCAUAUUAGUGGAAAAACUAUUUUAUUUUUCCUGUAAUCUGAAGUAAGAAGCAUGAAAAGUAGCUUCAGAGUCUUUGAAUAGUAUUCUGAGUUGCUCAGUGACUUCCUAAACUGUGGUUGCUGUAGUGAAUUUAUUAUAAUUUGUUGCAGAUGGAGUCACAUUCUUUGUGAAAGAAAAUUUAUCAUAUCUGAGUUACAGUCCGAACCUCGGAAGAAGUUGGAGGUUGCUUGUAUUUACUGUUAAGUGCUACUUUUUCAGAUAACAAUUAAUUUUGGAGUUGCAGAAUCUUACAUUAUGCACCAGUUAGACCUGUUGGAUAAAUUUCUGCAGUGUCUGUUUUUGUAGGUGGUAAAGCAAUGCACUUUAAAUAGUAUGCACCAGUUUAUUUUUCCAGUGAUGUGCAAUGUUGCUGUUUUAUCUUUUUAAUGUUUGAUUUCAAAUACUUUCUACGAUAGCCAUAGACCAGUAUGUUUUCAAGAGCUGGAAUGAAUUUACACCUGAAAUCUAGGCUCUUGAGUGAUUAAUGAGAACAUUAAAGCCAGGCUUGGAGUAGGGAAAAGGACCCGUAUUUUCUUCCUCCCCAUACUUUAUUUCAUGUCCCACUUUUAAAAUGUUUUCUUUAUUUAAAUCUGCUGAAAAGUUGAUUUUAUCUUUGUUCACCCCUCAUCAAGAAGCCUUUAGGUAGCACUGGCAGUAGAGCAUGAGUAUUUAUUUUUUUAUGAUUAAAAGCGAUACUGAAACUUUUAAAAUACAGCAUGGAAAAAUCAUCCCAGUUUCUACCUUUUAAAACUCUUUUUUCACAAUGUACCAUUUUAAGUUCUGUAUUAAUCCCUUACCAUCUUAAAUUUACUGUUGAAAGCAUUGGUGUCUUUCUGUAUCAUCCAAUUGGCCUUUCAAUAAUGAAAUUCAAGUCUGUGCUUUAGUUGUAGAGUCACCACAUUUGUGUUUGCUAAAAUAAAACAGGUGCUCUUCAAGAAACUAGUCUUAUCCCUUGAUUGAGUAGAUGUAAAGGUGUUUGGUCUAUGUAGUAUGCUGAUUUCUGUCAUCGUCUCCCAGAAUGGUAGAUCUUGGUAAAGACUUAAUGCUUAGAUAUCUCCAAGAAGAGUCACUUGCUCUAGCUUUUACACAGAUAGCAUAAAUUGCUGGUGAUGGAGAAAUUAGCGGAAAAUAAAUAUUUAAAUAUUUAUAUUAAAGCAUCGAGAUUCAUAAUACAGCUUUUUAUAAAAGGAAGUAGUCAUGUUUCAACUUGAUGGCUGGUUAAUUGUACUGCAUCCUGUUACAUCUCAAUGUCAAGCACAGAAUAAACAGCUUUCAAUCCUAACCACCAGGAAGGGUAAGUGCAAUUGUUAAAUUAGCCAGGUUUAUUCAUAAACUAGGGUCUGGGCUUCUGAGGGAGGCUCCUGUUCUUAGUUUUUUUGUUUUGUUCCAGGCAAAUCGUAUGCAAAAUAGGGUAGGUGUAUGAGUUGAAGUUGGGAUAUGUAGGAGCAGUACAGCCAGUAGAUGGAUUUCAGAUGAAUGUUACAUUAUACAUAAAUAUUGUUUUGUGGAUUUUUAAUCUUGAUUUAAUUAAGUGUUAUAGCUGAAACUGUGUCAGAAUGUGCUACUUUAUCUUGUUAAAAAGAAUAAAACACUGAUCAUAAGCCCACUCAGCUUUUCAGCAUACAUAUCAUCUUGGUCAAACUGUUCAUUGUCAGGUUCGCAUUGGAGAGAUAGAAAAAAACCGGAGUGUUUAGUUAUCCUAGAAUCUGUGAAAUUAAGAUAUUGGAACUGAAAGUCUGGAACUUUUGAAAGUCUGACAAACAAGUUGUCAUUCGUUAUGGUUGUAGGUUUUGACAAAAUGCUAAUGGAAUAAUACUGUGUUUGAUGCUGCUCUUCUGCUCAACAGUUUCAGGCAGCUUGGAGCCAAAGCCAGUUAGCAUCUGCUAAAAGUUAAUGCUCUUAGUACUAGCUUGAGUCCUGCCAAGAGCCUAAACGUGCUAAAGGUAGGAACAUUUUUUGUCUAGAUAGAUCCUUGCUUUCUUCUGUACUGCUCUUUGCAUCUGCUAAUGGUUCUCAAUGUUUUUUCCCUUACAAAUGUUAUUGCUUGUUUGGUUGAUAUGUAAUACCAUACAGAGGAUGUUUUUUUGCUGUAAUAAUUCUGAAGACAUUGUUUCUCUGUAUUGAGGUCCAGUGUCCAAAUGUGUUUCUUGCACUCUAAAGAACAUUAACUUUUUCAUUCUAAUUUAAUAAAUGUAUCAUCUAAAUUAAA